AGUAAUUGCAUGUUGUAAAUUCUUUACCUAGAGGUAUUGCAGAAAUCACAAUUUCACACACAAUCAUGCUCUUCUACUGAAAGGCUAGAAGUGAAUUUGGGAACUAAAGGAGAACCUCACAGGAAUUAUACCAGCUGCUCUUUACUCCAGGCAUUUACUGUAACUAGUCAGUUUAUAGAGACUAAUGAGUCAAGAGUAUCAAAUUAAAAUGUAGAUCCAUUUAUUGAACUUUGACAAAAGAUACAAACAAAAUGCGUGUUCAUAUUAAUUUAAUGCAUUGAGUGAUUUUCUGUUAUCUGGGCGGUGGAUAAAUUGUCGAACAGUUUCAUGGGUGUAGUACAUUUUAAAUACAAAUCAACAUUUUGAUUUUGAUCAAGAGUUUUGCAGAAUAUUUUUUGGUUUUACACAUUUGUUUCCGUAUUAAGCUUCAGUUCUAUUUAUUCUUUUUUUAGGAUGAGCAGUAACAGGUAUAGACUAAUAGCCUAUUACGAAUACUCUAAUUCCAAAUGAAACAAUAUUAUAAUAAUUACAACUCACACACAAAAACAAAAACAAGCACGAGGUAGAUUGCUUUUCGCGGUAUUACAAUUAAAAUAGAUUUUAACGGCAAUAUGUAAUUUAAGAUUCUGAUUGCCAAAAGUGGCAGGAUUUAUCAGCUGCCGAACUCCCUUCAAAUAUAGGCAAGAGUCAUAAACUAUAAAAAGAUCACGUCUACGCACACCAUCUUGCUUUACGUUAAAGACCGCUUCAAAAACGAAACAGAAAAACAACUUCCCAUUUCCUGCUAACCGUUGUAUCCUAGUUGUGCAAACAUGCACAGUGAAUAAUGUAGAUAUUUAAAGACAAGAUAUCACGUACCUAACUGUCGGCGUUUACCAAAGUGUAGGCUAACUUCCUGUUGACAGAGCGUAAGGUCUAUUUUUCAUAACUCUUUCUACCUAACUAUCCAAGUAGUUACAAUGACACCUGUGUUUUUCAAAUUUGUUUUCCUGGGAUGUGCUCUUGCAAGUGUGAGAGGAGAGGAAGAUGAAUGGCUUGAUCCAUAUAACAUGACGCACUACGAUUCUACAUCAAAAUCUAUGAGAAAAAUCCCUGAAGAGCCAAAGAUUGAAGACGUAAAGCACAAAGCAUCUGUUUUAAAGCAACAACCUAAGAGUAUUUCAGCUCAAAACCAACUCCUUGAGAGCAUUGAACAGCUCAGAAUGCCCCAUACGGAUGAUUUGUGCCCUGUCCCAUGGCUGAGCACUUAUCUUGAAGCCAGAAGAUGCAUUUCUGUGGGAUUGCUCAUAGUUGCAACACAGUUCACAAACUUAUCAGACGUCCUGUCUCAACCAGAUGUCGCACGCUUGCUCAUACCUGUGGGCUGUCUUGUUACCUUUCUGGUUUUGUGUGCGCGCGUAGCAGCCAAGCGGCGGCAGGGACAGCCGGACCACAGAGACGGACCUGAGCGCAACCAAGAAAACGACCUGCAGAACGAUGACAGGGAACAGGAACGCCAGAACGAUGACAGGGAACAGGAACGCCAGCACGAUGACAGGGAACAGGAACGCCAGGAAGGAGAGAGAGACAACAUGGAUCCUGAGGACCAGGCCCCAGAACCAGGCCGCCUGGUGGAAGAUUUGGGUCCAGAACAGGCCGAGGGGAGGAGCGUUUCAGAACCAGCCGCGCAGGGGCCCGACGCUUCUGAGGAUGAGUGCUGUGAUGAGAACUACUCCGUCACUAAGAUGCCCAUAUCUGAGACUCAACCAGAUACACAACACUUUGCAGAAUGACAUCAGUGCUGAAGACCUCAGUUCUCAGUCAAUUUUAAACAGUGUCAUUUUCAGUAACAACCACACAGUAAUGAGGGUGAGUCGUGGAUAUUUAGUAUGUGACCACAGUAUUUAUCCAUUUGAUAUUGCAAAGAAAAGAAAGUUUCAGAAUUGGAUUUUCUUUUUUUUUUUUAGUUAGUUAGAACGCAUGCUCAUACUGUUGUUUGUACAUAUGUUUUUCCACCGGAAAUAUUUUUGUGCACUGGAAGGUAAAAAGACAAUAAAAAAAUUUUGAAAUGA